AUGGCGUGGCAGCCGCUUCAGGGUGCCACAAGCUGGUCCUGGCACCACCUCUGUGCUCCCCUGCUGGAGCAGCCGUGCUUGGGGAACAAGAAGCUGAGGGGAUGGGGCCAGUUCCAUACCCAAGAAUGCAUUCAUGUUGGUUCUGCUGACUACAUCGACGAGGACAAAAGUGGUGCCUACGCAGCCUCCGUUGCCAAGGUCCUGGCUGAAGUUGAGAGGUUGGAGCAAAGGAUGCCCUCAAAGCACGUGCUCCUCGGAGGCUUCUCCCAGGGAGCUGCCAUUGCCCUGCAAUGCGCUCUUCAGCACCCUCGCCCUUUGGCCGGCUGCGUGGCGGUGUCGGGCUGGCUUACCACGGCCGCCCGAAAGCUCCUCUCUGAUGGCUGGAAGGGCUCGACAUCAUUCCUCCUGUGCCAUGGGACGGCAGACGACAUGGUAGGUUUUGAUUGUGGGGAAGCCGCCUCCCAGAUCCUAAGCAAGGCCACAUCUGCCGAGUUCAAGAAGUUUCCGGGCUUGAAGCAUGAGUCCUGCCCUGCGCUCAUGGAUGCCGUGGCAGGUUUCAUGUGCAAGCAACUGGGGCACAGCCUCGAUGAGAGCAUUGACUGGGAGAGGGGCAUGGAUUCGGAUUCGGAGUCUUGCGACACACUAGUCUAUUUCCACAAGAAUGGGAUUGCCCGCCUCUCAAGGCAGCUGGGUGAGGGCGCGGCCAUCACCCAGACCGCAGUAGACGACGUUCUGAAUCCUGAGCCUGAGUCAUUGGCCGAUGAGGAUAUCAUGGUUCCUGUACUCUUAUCCGAUCUCAAUGUCUUGACGAAUGCUAGUCCAGUGGAGGCCGCAAAGGCCAUUGUGGCCUUGGUGGCAUCGGGUGCUGAUGGGCCUCAUGAGAUUACGGUGAAGGAGUGGCGAGCGAUGCAAGAACCAGACGGCUCCGAGCAGGCAGAGGAGGAGGAAUUGAUCGACGAUGAGGAGAGGCUUUGGUUCAGCUUUGCUGUGUUCCGGGUUUCGGAAUGCGGGCCGGGGGGGGGGGCCGAGUGCUGGGGGGACUGUUACAACCGAGCGCACUGCAGGAGGGCGAUUCUGAGCAGGGGGCCGAUAACCAGGAGGCCGAGGAGGCAGAGGAGGCAGAGCCUCCUGCCAAGAGGGCACGGGGCGAGAGCUGAGACGUGUUGGGUGAUAAGUCGUCCGAAGGCCGGUGCCAUGUUCCUAGUUUCCUAG